CCGCCUGGCCUGCGCAAGUCCAUUGCCGAGGCAACGACGCGGUGUGGGGCCCUCCGGCCCUGCCCGCCAGGAUGAACAUCCGCAAUGCCCGGCCCGACGACCUGAUGAACAUGCAGCACUGCAACCUGCUCUGCCUGCCGGAGAACUACCAGAUGAAGUACUACUUCUACCAUGGCCUGUCGUGGCCCCAGCUCUCCUACAUCGCCGAGGACGAGGACGGCAAGAUAGUGGGCUAUGUCUUGGCCAAGAUGGAGGAGGACCCCGAUGAUGUCCCCCACGGGCACAUCACCUCGCUGGCCGUGAAGCGCUCGCACCGGCGCCUCGGCCUGGCCCAGAAGCUGAUGGACCAGGCUUCCCGGGCGAUGAUCGAGAACUUCGGCGCCAAGUACGUGUCCCUGCACGUCAGGAAGAGCAACAGGGCAGCCCUGCACCUGUAUUCUAACACCCUCAACUUCCAGGUUAGUGAGGUGGAACCCAAGUACUAUGCCGAUGGGGAAGAUGCUUACGCCAUGAAGCGGGAUCUCUCUCAGAUGGCAGAUGAGCUGAGGAGGCAACUGGUGCUGAAGAACAGCAGAUAUGUAGUUCUGAGCUCCGAGGAGAACCAGGAGGCCCAGGGCAGCACACUGCCUGAUACUGAGGAGGCCUGUCAGCCCGAGAACCCCACAGGCAAAAACAGUGGCAGCAGCGACAGCACUGACAUCCAGGACAGCUCAGAGGACUUGAAUUCCACCCCCUAGAGCAUUGCCUGAGCAUCGCUGGUCUUCAUGUCUCAGACACAUCUAUUAUGUGAACCCUUGUGUAACUGGUGUGCUCUGCAGUAUCUUCCCUGCUGCUCUGGGAUUAUCUCCCAGUGACUCGAGUGGCUUCUUGUCUUCAACUCUCCAGAACCUUCCACAUAAAGCUACUGUGAUCAUGAAGAAGGAACACCUCAAUGCAAAAACCAGUGAAGCUUGAGGCCUGCCAUGACAGAACAUCCCUGGCGUUCUCUCACUGUGCUGCCGCUGGGUGUUUUUCCUGGUCCUGUGUUGGCUUGUAGCUAUGUUGCACAGUUGUCUCUUAGAAAUGACAAGUAGGAAGCUGGGACAACCCUGGAGGUUUCAGCUUUUGGGUUUUGCCAUUAUUUGUCUGAGUUUCCACCACUAAGGGGGUAGUUAGGACCAUCAAGUUAGACCUCAUGCCCCUUUCCUCGUCUAGUGCAAUUGACCUGUUUCCUCUUGCUUUCUGUGGAAUUCCAUGUGUCCUAUCCUCCACAUUCAAGUGGCAUUCUCCCCUUUUCAGUGGGAAUAUGUGAUAAAGAAGGGCUCUACUACACCGUACAAGCAGAAUGUAUGAACUUUAAGAAAAGAGCGAGCAGUCAUUAAAUUGGAUGCUCAUCUGCUUGCGCACGUCAGUUGCUUUUUGCCUUUGUGUUUGCUUUGUUCUGUAAUGAUGUCAUUUGCCAUUUAUUGAGGGUCUCGGUGUUCAUAUGCAGUGCUGUGGCAUUUACUACCGUGUAGCCCUGUGAGGUGGGCAUUAUUAUCUCUGUUUUACAGAUAGAAAUCGGAAGCAGUGCAGUAAAUGACUACUCGGGAUCUCAACUCAACCUUGCAGGAAAUCAAAACCAAAGUUUCUUCUUUGCUCCUCAAAAUGAAAUUUAUUUGCAAAGCAAUGUUAGAGUGUCAAAUGGCAAAAAAGGAGACUGCUGUUUAAAAAUGUUCACUAGUGACUUAAUAUAUGACAAGCACGUGUCAAUUGUAAAUAUUUAUGUAACCUUCAAUUGUAAUCCCUGUUGACUGUCUCAGUAAAAGUAAGUGAAGGCAAAGGGCUUUGACUUCCCCCAGAAAAGUCACUGAUAGAUGGACUUAGAACAGAGUAAUGUUUUCAUGUUCUCUGAACAUUAAUUAUCAAAAUGUCCAACAUGUUCAUGUUUACAUUUUUAUGAAAACCGGAGUAUAUGGAUUUACAUCUAAGCCCUGACAGUAAGCAGCUGAUGACAAGAGAUGAGUCUGUUCUGUAAUCCAUCAUCAGCCCUGCUAAGUACUUCUUACAACUCAGCCCCGGUGUGUGGAGAAUGCCUGUCUAAGGGUAAAGGCUUGCCUGAGGCACACAUACAACUUUCCUUUUUCUCCAUUGAAGGAUUUGCUGUUUUGUGUGUCAGCCUAGACCUCAGUCUUUCCAUUUUCCUCUUUUUUUUCUUUUUAAUUUUCUCCCUUGCCUCUGAAAUGGUUUUAUUCUUUACCCUCAAGCAUAUGAUUAUCUCUUUAUUUUUAAAUAUUACAGCUUUCUAACAUCUGUCUCUAGGGCAGCAUAAUCUUACUGAUAAAAUAUUCCGUGUUUUCCUUGAGCCCUUGUCAGUAUAUCUUCAUGGUAACAGCUCAGCAGAUGGAGAAACAGAAGGAGGAGCCUCGGCUUACCUGAGUGAUUUCUCUAGCCCAGCACCAGUUUCUAGUAACCUGAUGUUAAUCAUCGAAGCAAUUGGGAAAUCGGGAAGGCUUCCAGGCAUUUGCAGUGUCCCUGAAUAAAGCCAUCCGUGCUUUGCUUUGUUACCAGGAGUCAUCAGAAAUCCAGCAGUGCAGCAGCCUACCUAGUUUGGGUUAAGGCUGUCUAGAUAAUAGAAGUAAACAGUGUUCUAACAUUGUUUAGGGCACAAAUUAGCAAGUUCCCAAGCAGUUCCAGGGUGUGCUGCCGAUGGAACAGAAGCAGCCAUCUCUCCCAUUCCUGGGAGCCUCUGACACUGCUUCCAUAACAACACUGUUCUUUUCACACAGCAAAUUAUGAUUCUUUUCUCUGAACAGACUGCCUGCUUUUUACUUAAGCCUGGUCCUAGAGAAACCAGAGCAAGGAUGUAGAAUAGCUCAUGUUAUGAGGAUAGUGCGGAUUGUAAAGUGACUCACACCCCUUCUGAAUGCAUGGCUUUACAGAAACUCGAGUGAUCCUGUUUUGUCAGCAAAUUGUUCAAAGCUCUUAGUCACCAGGACAUAAGUGUUGUGUGUUGUGUUAUCAACUCGUGCAUGAAGCCUGUAAGUUACAUAGCUAGAAAUCUGUUCUUCCCUUGGAGAUAAAAGCAAUAAAAAAGAUAUGAAAUAAAAUAAUGGAACAUGGGGGAGAGAGAGACACACAGAGUAGUGCCAGAAAUUGAGCCAAAGCUGGUGAGCUUUAAAAGGAUCAAGAAAUAAAGGACUUUUUCUCAUUAGUUAUAUGGAAUGCUGAUACUGACUAGGAAUGGUCAUAAAGGUCAACUUGUAACCAGUCUAAGACACUUGGUAGAUUACUUUGAAUUAGACCCUAAGUAAUUUAGAAUCUCAUUCUCUCAGAGGAAUGCUGUUUGCGACACUGUCAAGAGGUUGAUGACCAAGACAUUUCAAUAGAAAGUUUCAGACAUAUCAAAAUACAUAUAAUAAAAAUGUUUGUUUAUAGUGUA